AUGCCGGGCUCAGAGAUUACCGCGUCAUCUGAAUCUCUUGUCAGUACAGCGACAUCCAGGAAAUCUAGCAGCUACUGGUCCCACAUGGUUUCUCACUACGAGAAACGCAAGGCAUCCCUGGAACAACGUCAGACGGAGUUGGCCGAGCGUAUCCACCUCAUGGAGUGCGCGGUUCCAUCCUUACUUAUGGGGGCGAUGGUGUCCAUGAAGCGGAACGCCGAUCCUUCGGCCAGAUUGUUGCAGACUGGUCUCAGGUUAAACGAGCAGCCAUCGACUAGCGCUUGCAGUGCGAAUCCCGAGGGAAGAGAUGCGCCAAACUGCAGAAGUAACGAACCUACAGGACUAAGACGAGCCAACACUAGACCGGAACCAGGCCGUUUCUGUAAAAACACAGACUUUAGACCGUGACUUGAGAGUUGAAAUCAUAUUUUAGUAUGUAUUAAAUCCGACCGAUUCGUUUCUCGAUAAAACUUGUAGGUACACGUGUAAAA